AUGAUAAAUAGAGUAGAAUUUACCGUAGAAUUACUACGACAAUAUCGAGGAGAAUUGACACAUGAGAAGGUUGUCAGAUUAAACAGACUAGUCAAGGUUGUUGAAUAUGUCCAUCAGAAUCACCAAAAUGAGGAAAUUGUCAUUCCAAGUAAAGAAGUCAUUGGAGAGGUUCUUGAUAAUCCAAAUGAUGAGAACAUGAAGACAUUCGUUGGAUGUACGUUCAGAGAACAAGUCAAGAUUGAUGAGACAGACAUUAAGAAAGUCUAUGAAGAACAAGAGAGUAGUGCAGUUGAAUUAUUGAAAGACAUUAUGGAUGUUUUAAUGAAUGAGAAUAUAAAGAAAUAUGUAAGUAAUAAGGCAAUUAAAAGAAUUACACAAAUGGCACAGAAGAUUCGUAACAAUAUUGUGGAGUGCAUCAAUGAAAAUAUGAGAAUGGAAGAAGAGAAGAAACAAGAAAGUACAACACCAGAAAUGACAAAUAUUCCAAUCAGUGAAGGAAACAAAACAGAGGAGAAAGAAAUUCCUAAAGAAACAGAAGAAGAGAGAGUAAAUAGGGAGUUUGAAGAAAAGAUGAAAAGUCUUGAUGUUGAGUUAGACAAAAUCAAAAGAAAAUACACAGCGUUCAAAAAGGUUUUUGAAGAACAUGGAGAAGAUGUAGAGUAUUUGAUGAAACAAGAAAAGGCAGUGAAAGAAUGUGAAAAUAUGAUUAAAAAUGGGAUUGAAGUAAAUGAGAUGAAUAUGAAAGUGUUAAUGGAUUUAGAUGGGUUUGUUGGAUUAAAUGAGGAAAAUCGUAAGAAAAGAAAAGACUUAGUAAUUCAAAUUCAAGAUGAAUUGGAUGAGAUUGAAGGAAUGCUCAAGAGGUUAAGAGUCACAAAGAUGAAAGUAGAAAAGAGAGUAGAAGAAAUUGAAAAACAAAAACAAGCAAUGGAAGAAGAGAAAAAGAAAGAAGAAGAAGAGGAGAAAAGAAAAGAAGAAGAGGAAAAAAGAAAAGAAGAAGAGGAGAAAGAAAAGGCAAUUAAGGAAUUAAAGAAAAAGAAAGAGGAAGAAAUGAAAAGAAAAAGUGGAAUAGGAAAACAACAAAACCAACGAUAUGUUCGACCAAAGAAAACACAAAGUGAAAGAGAAGAAGAAAGUAAGGAAGAAGAAAAAGCAAUAGAAUUGGAGAAGAAAAGUAGUUCAGAAAGAAUUAGAGAAAUGAUUGAUUGGAGCAAAAUGAAAAUGAGUGUUAAAUUCCAAGUUAGUGACAGAGGAAAUAGUGUCAUUGUUUAUGGUACAAUAGCAGGAUUAAAAGAUGAAGACAUUGAUGUUAAUAUCACGAAGAAUGGAUAUUUGAAAGUUAGUGGAGUUAAAAAACCAAAUGACAAUGAAAUGAAUAUGAUUAUAAGAACUAUCAAACAACGAAUGGGUAAUAUCAGUGAUGAAGACCUUGCAGAGAUUGUAAUGAAAUAUUGUACUGGAAGAUUUGGAACAUUUAGUCAAUUGUAUGAAAUUCCAGAAGAUAUUGACAUUAAGAAUAUCACAGUUAAUUAUGACGAAGGUAUUCUUCAAGUGAAUUUACCAAGAAAGCAAGAAACAAGAAGAAGUAUAUAUCCAAGAUUUGGUAUGAAUGAUUAUAAUGAUGGAUAUAAUGAUCCAUAUGACUCAUUCUGGUAA